UUUAUUUUUGUAAUAAUUUAUUUUUAUUUUUAAAAAAAUGAAAAAGGAUGGGAGCUAAGAUUAAAAUCACAAUGAAUAAAUACGACGGAUAACAAACAAAGGCAUAACAUAAUAAUAAUACUAAUAAUAAUAAUGACUUUCUCUUUUCACCAUUCCUCCUCAAAUCUCUCACUGCGACAUGUCAGAAGAGCUCCAUAUCUCCAUGUAAGGAUUUGUAUUCUUCAUUGCACUACCAGCAACAGUUACGAGCUUCCUUCAAAAAAUUAGAUGCUUGAGAGCCUUGAAGUCUUCCCUCCUCCGCUGUAGCCUCAAGACCAGAGGAACGUUGCCACUUGCAAUCUCUCCUAACAAGUUCUUGCUUAGUACUUCACUUCACUCACCAUUUCAAAACCACGGCGUUCCUUCUGUUGGUGUUCUAGUUCAUCCUUGUUUACUGUCUGGUUUUCCUGUCUUAGAAGAAAAUAAAAAAAAAAAAAUAGAGAGAAAACCCAAAAAAAAAAAAAAAAAAAACCUAAGAGAGAAGAAUGGAGUAUGUAACAGCCAUUUUCGGGAAAGUGUUUGAUGUCAUUGUAGAACCAGUUACUCGACAACUGGGUUACCUUUACUACUACAGAAGCAAUGUUCAGGAGCUGGGUCGUUGUGCAGAGGUGCUCCGAGCUCAGAGGCAGAGCUUGACAAAUCGAGUUCGGGCUGCUGAAAGAAAUGGGGAGAAUAUUGACGAUCAAGUUACCAACUGGUUGGAGAAUAUGGAGCAGAAGAUUGCAGAAAUUGAAGAUUUUCAAAAAGAUGAAGGCCACCGGAAGACAGGGUGUUGCAAUGGUUCGUUUCCUAAUAACUUGAGGUUAAGGCAUAAGCUUGGCAGAAAAGCAAAGAAGAUGAUUCCACUGUGCACUAAUCUGCUGCAACAGCCAAACUUUGCUACUUUUUCUUAUCGUCCAGAGCCAGAAGCGUCGGAUGUUGCCCUUUAUGAUGAGGGUUAUGAGCCAUUUAAAUCAAGAGAUGACAUUCUGGAGGAAGUUAUGAAAGCGCUGAGAGAUCCUGCAAUUAAAAUGAUCGGCAUCUGGGGACAGGGAGGUGUUGGCAAAACCACUUUAGUGAAAGCAGUUGCAAGGAAAGCUAAAGCAGAAAAGCUAUUCAAUGUUGUGAUUAUGGCAAAUAUAACAAGCACUCCUGAUGUAAGAAAGGUUCAAGGAGAAAUGGCAGCCAUGUUGGGCUUGACAUUGGAUGAUGAGACUGAUAUUGGAAGAGCAAGUCGUUUGCGAGAGAGACUGAAGAAGAAAAAGGAGAACACCUUAGUCAUCUUGGAUGAUCUUUGGGCUAGAUUUGAGUUGAGUAUGUUGGGGAUUCUAUCUAAAGAUGAUGAUACCAGCCAAAUGACAGUCAGAGAGAUGCCUAGUGUUGGUCACAACCAGAUGAUAGACGACAGGAUGGCAAGUGAUUCCAACCAGAUGAUAGAUGACAGGAUGGCAAGUGAUUCCAAAAGCUAUAAGGUUUUGUUGACUUCUCGAAGGAGAGACGUGUUGUCAAGUGAAAUGGGAGUAAAGGAUUCAAUUUUUACCGUGGAUGUCAUGGAGCAAGAGGAAUCAGAGAAGCUGUUUAACAAGGUGGUUGGAGUAACUAAUGAAGAUUAUGAGUUGAAAUCGUUAUCAACUAAAAUUGUUCAAAAAUGUGCGAAUUUGCCCUUGGCAAUAGUUGCUACUGGAAAAGCUUUAAAGAUUAACAAGAACAAAGUUUCUUGGGAAAAUGCUCUGCAGCGACUGGAAAAAGAAAUGAUCGAAGAAUUAGAACCUGUGGAAUUUUCAACAAAGUUAAGUUAUGAUCACUUAAAAGGUGAAAUGCUCAAAUCUAUUUUCUUACUUUGCGCUCGUCUGGGUAAGGAGCCAUCAAUUAUGUUUUUGGUGAAAUAUUGCAUUGGUUUAGCCAUAUUUGAAGGAGUCAAUACCAUAAAAGAAGUUCAAGCUAGAACAAACGAAUCGAUUGAGAAGUUGAAAAACUCAAGCUUGUUGCUAGAUACUAAUUCCCCUGAUUGUGUUACUAUGCAUGAUAUGAUCCGUGAUGCUGCCUUAUCAAUAGCACGUAAGGAGGAAAAUGUUUUUACCAAGAGCUAUGUCAACCUUAAUGUAUGGCCUGACAAGGAUAAAUUUGAAAAGUACACUGCUAUCUCUUUGCAUUAUUGCAAUAUCAUUGACGAGAUUCCGGAAGGUAUGAAUUGCCCUCAACUCAAAAUCUUCCAUCUUGACAGUAAGGAUCCUUCUGUGAAAAUACCGGACAGACUUUUUGAAGGAAUGGAAGAAUUGAGGGUAUUAAUAAUUACUGGUAUCGAUCUAUCAAGCUUCCCUUCUUCAAUUAAAUGCCUAAAAAAGCUUAGAAUGCUUUGUUUGGAGCAAUGUGUGUUAGGUGAGAACAUAUCCAUCAUUGGAAAGUUGAAGAGUUUAAGGAUUCUAAGCCUUUUGGGAUCUAAGUUCAAAUUAUUGCCAAGUGAAUUGAGGCAAUUGGACAAGCUACAAUUGCUCGACAUUAGUAGCUGUACUAAACUUAAAGUAAUUCCAUCUAAUGUAAUAUCAAAGUUGAAAAGUUUGGAAGAGUUGUAUAUGGAAAGAAACUUGAUCCAAUGGGGUAUUGACGAAAAAACAAAUGACAAUGAAACCGCUACUCUUGCUGAAUUGAGUAAUCUUCAACAGUUGAGAAGUCUGCAUGUUCACAUACAAGAUAUCACAGCUUUGCCUCAUAGCUUAUCUUUUGACAAGUUGGAUAGUUACAAAAUCGUGAUUGGAGACUCUAAAAUGUUUUUGUUGGAGGAUUUUCAAAUGCCUUAUAAAUAUAAGGCUUCAAGAAUUUUGGCAUUGCAUCUAAAAAAGGGGAAUGACAUUCAUUCCAAGAGGGAGAUUAAACGGUUAUUUAAAAGCAUUGAACAAUUGUUUUUAGGGGAAGUAGAUGGUCUUCAAAAAGUUACCUAUGAGUUAAAUGUGGAAGGAUUUCCAACUCUCAAGCAUUUAACCAUCAGAAAAAAUUCUGACAUCCAGAUUAUAAUCUACUCAACAAAGUGGGAACAUCAAGCAAAGGCUUUUCCUGAGUUGCAGUCAAUAUGUUUGUACAAAUUAGAGAGCCUAGAAAAAGUAUGCAAUUGUCAACUUACAAAUCCUUCUUUUCAGAGUUUAAAAACCAUGAAGAUUAAAAUUUGUGGCCGACUGAGAUAUCUCUUCUCAUUUUGCAUGGCUAAACUUCUCACAAAGCUCGAAACACUUGAAGUUUCUGAGUGUGAUUCUUUAGAAAAUAUUGUUGUUGUGGAAAGACAAGAGAAUAUUGGCAAUGACACAGGAGAUGAUAUAACUUCAUUUCCUCAAUUACUGUAUUUGACAUUGCAAUCUUUAUCAGAAUUAACUUGUUUCUAUGCAAAUGACAAGAAAGUUUCAACCUCUCAAAUGGAGAUUGUCUCAGAUUGUACUCCACUCUUUAAUUCAAAGAUUUUCAUGCCCAAACUAGAGAGCUUGGAGUUGUUCUCAACCAAUAUCAAGAAGGUGUGGGGGAACCAACCUUUGCCAAAUCAUUCUUUUGAAAAUUUGACCAAAUUGAAUGUUAAUGGCUGUUGCAGUUUAAAAUAUUUGUUUUCAUUCUCAAUGGUUGGGAGUUUAAUGAAACUACAAAGCCUUUUUGUAAGGGGAUGUGAUAUGAUGAAGAAUAUUUUCGACCCAGAAGACAUUAACACGAAUGAAGCACCCCAGGAGGUUGACAUCUUUCCUCAAUUGAAGAAAAUUGAGAUCACCAACAUGGAGGAAUUGAAGACCGUAUGGCAUGCCCAAGCUGGCAUGGAGUCCUUUGUCAGUUUGGAAUCUGUGAUAAUUGAAGACUGCCACAAACUCGUCGCAAUUUUUCCUCCUUACAUGGUAGGAAGAUUUCAUAAUCUUGACGUCUUGGAGGUUAAUAAUUGCAAGUUAGUGGAAGAGAUAUUCAAUUUUCAGUCUACACCAGAAACAGGUGGUGGGAAUGAAACAAACUUGCGAGUUGUUACAUUACAAAGUCUUCCAAAAUUGAAGCAUGUAUGGAGCAAAGAUCCUCAAGGACUUCUGAACUUUAAAAUUCUGCAACAUGUUGUUGUCUAUCAUUGCCCAAGCCUAGAAAAUCUGUUUCCAUUUUCUGUUGCCAGUGAUCUUAUGAAACUGGAGAGUGUUCGAAUAUGGUAUUGUGAUGGGAUGAAGGAAAUUGUUGCUAGGGAUGAUGCAUCAAACAGGAGCAACUUCACAUUUAAGUUUCCUAAGCUAACCAUGCUUGCAUUAGCACAUCUAGCAGAACUACGGUGUUUCUAUCAGGGAACAGAUGCUAUCGAGUUCCAAGCAUUGACUUCUUUGGGGUUUGGUCAUUGUGACAAGUUGGAAGCAUUUUGUAUGGAAACAACACAUUCAGAAGUGAAGCCAAUUCUCCCAUCUUUGGAAAAGGUGUUACCCAACUUGAAAGACUUACAAAUAUAUGGGCUGAAGGAAAUGAAGCGGUUGCAAGACAUUGUUGGCGAUAAUGUUUAUCUAAUGCACAACAUCAGACGACUAGUCUUUGAUGGGUUGAGCAACAUCAAAAUUCUCUUUUGGUUCCUCCACAGAUGUUCUGAACUAGAAAGCCUAGAGUUGCACCAUUCUUAUAUCAAAGAGGUGAUGCCCGAAGAAAGUGAUGCUACCCUUGGGAAAAUAGGAACUGUUGUACAGCCUAAGCAUUUGAAAUUACAGUCUUCAAAUCUUCCAUUGAACAUAGGCUUCGAAAAUGGCGCCAUUCUUCAAAGGGUUGAGAAGCUAUGCAUGGUGGAAUGUCACUAUUCGAUAAGCUUAAUGCCUUCCUCCAUAGCAUUGACUCACUUGUCACAUCUUGAAGUCAGAAAUUGUGAUAGAUUAAGGAAUUUAAUGACAUUGUCAGCUACAAAAUCCUUGGUUCAACUGACCAUUUUGAAGGUUGCUCAAUGUGCAAUUAUGGAGGAAAUUGUUACAGUGGGAGAGAAUGAAUAAAAGAAAGAAGAUGAGAUUGUUUUUGGCAAA